AUGGGAGGGGGUUUAAGCAAAGAACUGCUUCACCAACCUCACCCAAGGUUAUAAAGCGCCUGUCUUCUUCCUGUUUGCUUUAGAACUUAGCUGCUGGGUCUGCAUUUCUCUUCCACAGACAAGUAACUUCUUUAAUUAUUGGAGCCUCUUUCUCUGGGACAAAGGAGCAAGAUGUCGUGCAGGAAUCCAAGUCUUGCCUGGUUGAUGCUAGUGGGGUUCUUGGCAUUAUUGGAUAGCAGAUGUCAAGCUCAGCGGGACUGCCAAGUGAGCAACUUCAUAGUACAGGAAAACUUUGAUAAAUAUCGAUAUGCUGGCACCUGGUAUGCCAUAGCCAAGAAAGACCCUGAAGGACUGUUUCUUCAGGAUAAUGUGGUGGCCACCUUUUUUGUGGAUGAGAAUGAUAAAAUGACUGCCACUGCCAGAGGCCGAGUUGAGCUCUUCCGUAGUUGGAAUAUUUGUGCUGAUAUGAUUGGCACCUUCACCGAGACAGAGGACCCUGCCAAGUUUAAAAUGAAAUAUUGGGGUGUGGCCUCAUAUCUUCAGAAAGGAAAUGAUGAUCACUGGGUUAUGGCCACGGAUUACGAUACAUAUGCUCUACACUACUCCUGCCGUAAUAUUACUGAAGAUGGAACUUGUGAUGAUAGCUACUCGUUUUUGUUUUCCCGGACUCUAGAUGGGCUAGCACCCGAAGCACAAAAAAUUGUCAGGCAAAAGCAGGUGGAACUCUGCCUAGACAAGCAAUACAGGCGUAUUGUACAUGAUGGAUUCUGCGAGUAAAGACAACAUAUUCUAUGGAAAGCAGGAAAGCAUAUUCCCAAUAGUUAAAAGAUUUUAAAAUGUAGUUUUGAGAGACGUCCUUCAUUUCAUUUCAAUUCAUUCAUGGAUUCAUUUGGAUUUUAAGUACACUGAAUUACAUAAUUCAUCCUUUCACUAGUUAAUAAACUAAAAUCAGUGCAAUAGUACCAUGAUUGUGUUGUGAAUGUGUAUUUAUGCAUUUGGGGUAUAGAACUAGUAUGUUGUAUUUGCAGUAAUUAAAAAUUAUAAAUCUAAA